AUGACAUCAUAUGUACUCAUUUUAAUAAAUUUCACUUGGUACUUUUUAACAUUAAAAUAAAUUUUAUGAUUCUCAAACAUUUUUCUUUUAUAUUUCUUUCUUCUCUUCCAAGCCUACACUCAACCCAAUACAGUUCCAUCUUCUUAGAUCAUUUUCUUACCCAUGUUUUUAAUCGAGGUUUUCACUACCAACUCGAGCUGCAAAAUCAGUGAGUCAGAGCUAUGUCGCGACGAGUCAACAGCGUUAAUUCUAAAAUUCGUGGCGAUGGCGUCAAUUCUAGUAGCGGGAUUUUCCGGAAUCGCGAUACCGCUACUAGGAAAGCGGCGUGGAGUAUUACGAGGCGACGGAGAGGUUUUACCGGCGGCGAAGGCUUUUGCGGCGGGAGUGAUAUUAGCGACGGGGUUUGUUCACAUGCUUAAGGACGCGUGGGAAGCACUGAACCAUAGUUGUUUGAAAUCUUACUCGCGCGUGUGGUCCGAGUUUCCAUUUGCCGGUUUUUUCGCGAUGGUGGCAGCGUUGUUUACUCUUUUAGUUGACUUUGUUGGAACACAAUACUAUGAAAGGAAACAACGUGGCGGUGUGGCCGUGGAACACGGAGAGGUUGUCGGUGUCGUUGAUGAGUUGGAGGAGGAAUUGUUGGGAGAGGGGAUUGUGGAAAUUAAGGAAGAGAGUAGUAGUGGCAGUGGCGGUGGUGGGAUGCAUAUUGUGGGGAUGCAUGCACAUGCGUCGCACCAUAGACAUUCUCAUCAGAACCAUCAUGAUGAUGAUGAAGUACAACAUGGACAUGGACAUGGUCAUUCUCGUUCUUUCGGAGAGAACGAUGACGUGGAAGGUAGUAUCCGCCAUGUGGUUGUUUCGCAGGUAUUGGAACUUGGAAUAGUUUCACAUUCCAUGAUAAUUGGGCUAUCACUAGGAGUUUCACAAAGUCCAUGCACAAUGAGACCCUUAAUUGCAGCACUAUCCUUUCAUCAAUUCUUUGAAGGAUUUGCACUUGGUGGUUGCAUAUCAGAAGCCAAAUUUAAGACAUCAUCAGCAACAAUAAUGGCAUGUUUUUUUGCACUAACAACACCACUUGGUGUUGCAAUUGGGACAUUAAUUGCCUCGAAUUUUAAUCCUUAUAGUCCUGGUGCUCUUAUAACGGAAGGUAUAUUGGAUUCUUUUUCAGCUGGAAUUUUAGUGUAUAUGGCUUUGGUGGAUUUAAUAGCUGCUGAUUUUCUUAGUAAGAGAAUGCGAUGUAGUUUUAGGCUUCAGAUUUUGUGUUUUUGUUUGCUUUUUCUUGGGGCUGGAUUUAUGUCCUCACUUGCACUUUGGGCAUGAUUCUAUUCAAUUUUCUUGUGUUAUGAUUUAUAAGGAAAUGGAAAUAUAGCCUUCAUAAUUUCAA